UGGAGUUCCACCAGAGACAGUUUAAGUUCGACUGUCGUCCAGGCAGCAUUGCCAAUCCACCGCUGGCAGUGUUACGGAAUUUUUCGCGCGCACAUUCAUCAUUUAAUUUUUGAAUCUCUUCGCAUGGUCACACUAAGAGUGUCGUCCUCCCAAGACUCCAAUUAGAAGUGAUUCUCAAGGUGUGUGAAAGUUCGUUGGAUUUUUUUUUUCUAAAUCUUUGUGUGUACUUUCUAAAGAAAAAAUUGCGGCGGAAUCACUGGGUUGCCCCCAGAAGUCAAGCCCCGCUACCGAUAAUAAAAAAAAAACUCUACGUUCUGCCUUGUGUGGCAUACACAGAUGCACUGAGACUGUGGCAGAGAUCUCUCUCUCACUCUGGCUCCAGCUUCAAUGAAAAUAUUGUACCUAUAUUAAUUUUCACCAUACAGUGUGCGGGAAAAAUACGUGAGUGAGUAUUUGGGACCCCAGACACGAUCGACAAGUUCGCAGAGUUCUGUGCACGAGAAGCACACAACAACCGCACGGGCAAAAAAAACUCCGCGAGAUCGGGGCAGAAAAUUGAUAAAUGUGCUGUGAAUUGACACAGAGAUAAUUUGCCUCUGUGAGGAAGUAAAUUUCCGAAAAAAAAAGAUUUGCAAAUCUCUGAUGGGAUUUAAUCUCAGAGGGGCCACACGUUGAUCUCUCCUCCCCAAGUUGAUCCCAUAUCGCCCGGAGAGAUUUCCGCCAGUGAUUGGGGCGAGAAAAAUCAGUGACGAUCGUGCCGAAUGUUGUGUAAAUUGCACGAAAUAACUCAAUUGGUGCAAAAAGUUGUGUUGUGGUGCAAAAAAGAAAAGUAAAAAUAAAGAGCGAGAUAUAAGGAAUUAAUGUUUGUGAGUCACAGAGCAAUAUAAUAAUGUUAUUGCAUCGUGUGUUGAAAUGUUGUGUGUUAAUUGUUUAUAUGGUUAGUUCAUUGUAUGCCGGUGACAUCGAGGAAAUAAGACAGUAAAUCAACUGCAACGAGAGUUGAUAAUCAACACCAAGAGAAAGGAGAGAGAAAUCUUCAUAAAUACUUGUUGUGUUUUAAACCCAGAGAGAGAGCAAGAAACAGCAGAGAAAAGUUUUUUCCUUCAUCAUUAUUUUAUACAUAAUAUAUAAAAAAUUCAUCAUCGAAAAUAGCAGGAGGAAUCCUUUCAUCUAAAAAUAUUCCUUCGCACAACUUUGUAAAAUCCAAAAAGAAAAUUCUUUUAUAACUUUAAAUGCUCUCUCUUUAAUUUUUCAUUUUCAAAUACAAAAAACUCUCUCGUGGUGUCUCUAUGUGGGUGAAAUUGUGACAUAGUGUGUGCUUUUGAUAAAACGUUUAAUAUACCUACAUUAUAUAUACCAACCAUAAUAUAUAUAAAUUGGAUUCAAAAAUAGCAAAAAGAUCGACAGAAAGUCUAUUAGAACCGCACGAUCGCAACUUCAAUAUAUAAAAUACACCUUUACGGCGCAGAGGAAAAAUUCGCCGCAGUUCGGGGCCUAUCAGAGCCAACAAGGAAAAAGAGACAAAAAUAUAUAAUUAAAAUAAGAAAAAAAAGUAUAAAAUAAAUUUAGAUGUCCGACGACGACAAUUUUCCUCAGAGCACUCCGCAGUGGCGAAUUAUUGAGGAAAUUGAAAAAAAGGCGCAACCACAAUUCCACUGAUUUGGCACAAUUCUACGGUUAGACUAGCAACAGCGGCUAAUACCAAAUAGCUGCCGAUUGCUGAAAUGGAUCGCUGUGUGUUGGUCACUUGGAUGCUGACCCUAAUUUUCCUGACCUCAAUAUCAACUGUGAAUGCAUAUGAGAGUAUAGCUGGCAAACGACAACCGUGCACAAAUGAAGGUGAAGAAGUUGCCGUGGAUUCCAUCAAUAAAGACUUCUAUUGUUUUAAGUGUAGAUGUCAGAAUGGCUUCGUGGAGUGCGACCCGGAGCAAUGCCCUUCCGUUGAUGACUGCUACAUGCUUGUGAAGAAACCAGCCGGAGUCUGCUGUGAAAAGUGCAAAGAGUGCUUCUAUCGCGGGAAAACAUAUGCUAGUGGUGCAGAAUGGUCAGAUCCGGAAGAUCCAUGCUCCAGUUUCAAAUGCAUGGCGGGCGUUGUGACGGAAUCCAAUAUCCAAUGCUACACACCGUGUUCUGAUCCACUUCCACCGAAACCCGGACAAUGCUGUCCAACGUGCAUUGGAUGCACACUGAAUGGACAACGUGUGGAUGAAGGCAGGGAGGUGACCCUACGGGAGGAUCCAUGCCUCAAAUGCCAAUGCAAUGGGAAGCGAUUGACGUGCAUGAAGAAGGCAUGUCCGGUGCUUCAGUGUCCUGUCUCGAAGCAGGUGAAAUUGCCAGGGGAAUGUUGUCCACGGUGCACGGAACGCCGUGAGAUUCGACAAUUCCCUGGCAAGUGCAUCCUCGGGAAGGGCUUCCAUACGGACAAGAAGAAAUUCGAAGCAGACCCCUGCUCACCGUGCAUCUGUACAAAUGGCACAAGUAUCUGUCGUAGGACAACGUGUCCCGUGUUGGAGUGCCCACCUGAGAUGCAAUACCAGGAGCCAGAUAGCUGUUGCCCAACAUGCCCACCACCAACCAUGGAGCUGCAUUCAGUCUGUACGCACAACGGCACCGUCUAUCAGGAUGGCGAUACAUGGGACCUCAACCCCUGUGCUGCUUGUCGGUGUCACCAUGGAACGGCUCGUUGUACGCAAACCAAAUGUCCCGAAGUGAAGUGUCGACCAAACCAAACACUCGUAACACCACCUGGGCAAUGCUGUGCUAAAUGUGAAGAUACUGCUGGAAUUUGUACUGUCUUCGGUGAUCCCCACUACAAGACGUUCGACGGGAAGUUCUUCAGCUUCCAGGGUUCGUGCAAAUACCAACUGACAUCCGACUGUACAGAUCACACAUUUUCCAUCCGAGUAACUAAUGAUGCCCGCAGCACAAAGGCCUCAUCGUGGACGAAGACUGUGACACUGAAAAUGGGUGAGACGAAGGUUAAUUUAGGGCAGAAGAUGCGGGUCAAAGUCAAUGGGACACGUGUCUUGCCGCCCUAUGAUCUUCAAGGGAUUCUCAGUGUCAACAUGACGGAAGAUGGGGUUGUUGUGGAUACAGCACUUGGGAUUCGUUUGCUCUGGGACGGCGCCAAUUUCCUUCAGGUUCAAGCGGCUGUUAAGUACAAAGAUCGCCUCUGUGGACUCUGUGGGAACUACAAUGGUAUCUCACGCGAUGACCUAAUGACACGACGGGGUGACAAUAUGAGCCUCGAGCAGGUGUGGCGCUUUGCCAAUUCGUGGCGUGUGGGUGGCCGCAAGGCGUGCGGCCGGCGGCGGGAGACACCGAGCCGCCAGCGUGGGGUGUGCCGGAGUCGAAGGCGAUGGGGUGUGUGUAAGCCCCUGAAGGACAGUGCGGUGUUCGGCAGCUGCGGCAGCCACGUCAAUCCGUCCAACUACUUCGAGUCCUGCCGGAAGGAUAUGUGCGAAUGCCCCACGGAGCUGUGCUACUGCGACAGCUUUGCGGCGUACGCACACGAAUGCAGCCGCCUCGGUGUGGAGUUGCCCAAUUGGCGGCAGGAGACAAAAUGCACGCGUGCCAAUAUCCGCAGUGCCAAUGCCAAAUCACUACCACCGCAGCAAUUAGAGCUCAUCCAAAGACACAAGAAGCGCACAAAAAAGCCCCACGUGAGUCGGGUGGAUGAACUGCGCAAGCAUAUUCCCAAAGCUGUUCUCACGCAUCAGCACAAACCGGCGGAUAGGACGCCACCGCCGUUGCACUGAAGCCACCGCCGGGUCGUGCGAUCUCACGUGGAUUUAUGGGCCUCCUUAAGUGUCCGCCGCGGUGGGAGCGAUCCAUGAAUCGGACCAAAAAUUUCACCCUCUUAAAUUUUAAGUUUAUUUUGAAAGAAAAAAAUCUUUUUUUUAACUGAAAGAGAUGUUCUCUAUUAGCUCAUUCUUUCUCUCAAAAAAAAAAAAGAAAUCACUUCAAGGUCUUUAAGAAAAACAAAAAUACAUCACUGCAAUUUUAUUUUUGGUUUUAUCUUUUCAAAAAAAAAUCAGCUCACAAAAAUCCUUUAGAUUCUUAAAGCACACAAAAAAAUCAGAAUUUGCAAAAAAAAAAGACGAAAGAAAUGAGCAACUUACCCAAAACGUCGUAAUAACUUUAAAAAAAAACAAAACUAUUUUAAGCACAUUGUGAAAAUAAAUUAGGAUAUAUUUAUUUAAAAAAAAAGUAAAAACAAAAAAGAGGAUACAAAAUGCAGACUUAUGUGUUACUUAAUUUAUACGAAAGAUAAAUUAAAAAAUGAAUGUGAAAAUUUUAAAUAGCAUUAAAAAAUAUAAAAUAAAUAAAAAACAAAAUAUACAGAAAAGUAUUCAAAGAAAUUUUUUAGGAAAUAGGAAAUGCAUGUAGUUUGUAGAAAUAUCCUAAAACAAGAAAAAAAAAGCUUUUUAAUUUAAAAAAAAAAGCUAAGAUUCUCACAAAACAGCAAGAUUUUUUAAUUUAAUAUUUAAAUUAAAAUAUUUUUCUCUUCAUUGAACAUUUUUUCUACGCUUUCCACAAAAACAAAGUCUUUCGCGAGAGAAAGAAAGAAUAAGCGGAUUUUUGAGUAAGGAAUAUUUAAUAACUCUGCAAUAUUUAUUUAUUAUUUUAUCCGUUAUUUUAUAGUUUUGUAAUUUUUUCUACAAUUCAAAAAUAUAAAAAAAAUCAAUUUCGUUAAAGAAAAAUUCUUUAUAAAGACUCUCUGGUAUAAAAAAUAGUCUAAAAAAAUCAAAAAACAAUUUUAAAAAAUAUUUUUUAAAAAUUUAUUUUUCUUUGUAAGAAUUUCUUACCAAAAUCCGUUGCUACAUUAAAAAAAAUAAUCGUUGUAAUACAUCCACAUUAAAAAGGAAAAAAAAUGAAGUGUUUGAAAAUGUUGUAGAACAAGCUAUUUAUAAAAUAAUGGUUAUUUAGGAAAAAAAUAAAUAAAUAAAUAUACGUGAUCGA